UUACUAUCCACCAAGUAAUUUCAGUUCCCCGUAAUGACGUCUAGACCAGAGUGAAGACCAUGUCCGUCCCAGAGGGCUGACAGAGUUCCCACCUCCAUGAGCCAAGAAUAGACCAGCCAGAAAGAACGGCACUGCUCAAAGAUCGAGAGACACUUUUGAAUCGACUGGAUCUGUUGCAGAACAAACAGGAUCUUUGUGUUUAAUGGUUUAAUUUCCUAGGCUUAAAACAGCUGCUUUGGCCUUUGUUCUGUUAAAGGGCCUGUGACGUUGACUGUGAGAGCUGCGGCAUCAUGGAAAAGGCGACGAGCUGGUGGUACAUGGACUGAAUUUACUGUCCUGUCCUCUGUUUUUCCGUUGUGCAGAGGUUCCUGGAAUUCCUCAGAGGGCUUGUCUUGCCUUAUAUGGAGGACCUCAGAGCUGUUCUGACUGUGAUUGGACCAGUGUGAGAAUAAAAUCUUUAGUUUUAACAAAUAGCAUGACAUAGACAAUAUGUAAACAGUAAAAAUGAGCUAAACUCAGAUCUAAAGUAAGCGAGAUGAAUUCUGUCAGGCAACAUUUUCUGAUGCUCUUAGAGUGGGUAAGCUUGUGGUUGAAAUAUGGUCUUAGAAGACUUUUGGAUGCUUGUCCAUUUGUCAACAACUGGGUAGCAUCUUCAGGUAUCACAGCUAGAGAGUUAUGCCAAGCAGACUCAGAGGAGUGGAAAACCAAUGAGGCACUCUGCACAUAUCACCUUGGAGAUGGAGAUAAAGCCAAGGUUAUAGUCCAAACCAGCACACAUGCCUUUCAUGUGGACCUCCAAACACUUGUGGAGUGCAGUGAGUACUUCCGAGCUUUGUCCCAGUCCAGAAUGAGAGAGACCUCAGAGAGCCUCAUCCGCCUGGAUCAUGUGUCCUCCUCUAUAUUCCACAAUCUUCUUGAGUUCUACUUCCAUAAUAACUUUAAAGUCCCUCAGGAGGACUUGGGAACACACAUCCAGGUAUACAGGCGAAUGUAAAAUUUUAAUCCUUACAGUGUAUCUCUUGUUUUCCUUUGUACAUGCACAGAUGUAAUUGAACCUAAAUCCAACCAAUCACCACUUUGUUUGACCUUGGAGGUAAGCAGUUAUCUUGUUGCUGAGGCCUUCCUCUCAAAGUGCCUGUCAGUCCUGGCAGAUGUUCUCAGCCCAUCUAACUGUCUGUCAUACCUGAGCCUUGCUCAGGAGAUUUUCUGUGAGGAGAUGAAGAUGACAGUGUUCACUUACCUGAGCAGAAACCUGCUGGAGCUGCCACAUGUCAUCAGAUGUCUGAGUGACGAGGAAAAGGAAGAAGUCAUCCACUUGAGGACACAAGGAGAGAGAUGUCUGUGCAGCCUCAGGAAAGAGAACCUGAGUUCUUGGAAGGACCCAGAAACAGAACAUGCCCGGCACGUUUUCACCCUGAGAGGGUCAGAGGACAGCGGAGAUUGGCAUCCAUUUACAGAGCUUCCAUUUAGGGCGGAUAAGUGGUGUUUUACUACAGUGGUGCUUUUUAAUUAUCUGUAUGUCAUAGGAGGCUACAGGCAGCGAAUGAAAAGAGGCUGGGAGUUCAAUAUGGCUUCCUUUAGAUACAAUCCCUUCACUCACAUAUGGGUCGCCACGUCACCUCUGAUAAAGCACAGAAGGCACUUUAGUGCAGUGGCCUGUGAAGGCUGUAUUUAUGCUGUGGGAGGCUGGUACUUGGACUCUCUGGUGACUCCAGAUUCCAGCACAGCUCUUUAUACAGCUGUAGAGUGCUAUGAUCCAUGGGAGGACACAUGGAGGUUUGUGUCGUCACUGCCCCUCACUGACUUCCAGUUCACCAUGUCCUUGUCCCAUGAUGUGCCUCUUGCUACCAGCCAUGGACACUGCAUCUAUGUAUUGGGGAGCAUCCAGAGGACCGGUGAGAAACUGUUGCUGCAGUACAACACAAAACAAGACUCGUGGUCUGAACUGCUUCCCACACUGACCAGAGCUGAUGUUGAUCUCCCUACGCUUUACUUCCUGGGUGCCACUGACAGGCUGCUUGUGAUUGGUGGGAACAACUCAGAGAAUGUGGUGACAUCAUUCUGUGUGGACUCGCAGAAGUGGGGACAGGUGCACAGGGCUCAGAAAGUGGCAUUUGCAGGGCAGGGGACGGUCGUAGGUGACCAGGUCUUGAUGCCCAGUAUAGAGCACAACACCAUUGCAAGGAUGGAUCUCCAAACCUUCUCUGUCAGAGCUCUUCCUCCUCUACCCAUCUCCACCCGUUAUGAAGCUACCUUUUAUCUUCAUUUCUAAUGCCCUGUUAGCUUUUCUGCACAUAUUUUGAGCUUGUUUUUGUAGCUGAAUGAAUAGCUCUUUUUAUAGUCCUUCUAAGACAAUAUGGUGAUAAAUUCCAUUAGUGGAUUAUCCCUAUCUCUUGUACUUAAAGUCUCCUUCCUUAAAGUUUGUGUCUGAGGGAAGAUUAUUUUUAGACCUUUAACUGAGUCUUCGACAAAAACAAAAAAGCUUGAUUUAAAUGUAAAUUUUAAAUGAUUCUAACCAUGAUUCACUUUGGACUUUUUGAGCUGUUUAAAAAAAGCAGAAAAACUAAAUAGACUUGGUUCUAAAUUUGGACUAGUACAUUCUGUAUGCAUCUAUUUUCUAAUGUUCAUCUCUGUGUGCGACAUUGAAAAUCUUAAUGAACUCCUAGUGGUAAAUAACAGUUCUAUAUGAAUAAUGAAUGUACAUAAAGACCUAUUCAAAGUUGCUGUGACCUUCUUUGUUUGUUUUGGAGGCAUUGAAUGUAUUACCUCUUUUCUCACUUACAUUACAUUUCUAACUUUUCUGUAUAAAUAUCAAUAAGACCACAAUAUCUAACCUUCUAAUGAAUUCCAUCACAUAGGUAUAUUUUAUUAUCAGAUUCCAGAAAUGCUUGUAAUCUCAGUAGGUGAAAUGUCACAUGGCUCUCAGUUACAUCCAAACGCAGCACUGCAGCAGCUUCAGUUACGUAGGCAGAGACUUCACCGCUCAUAAGGUUAGACUCUGUCUAUGUUUGGUGUCUUGUUACAGGCAGAAGCAUGUCAUGGGAGAGAGAGGAAGAGGGGGGAGAGAGAGGACAUUGAGAAAGGUGGCGAGAGGGAGGGUUAGAAAGCACAGGAGACAGCAGCUCCAAUCACUACCUGAGGAAAGCAACUUCAAGGGCACAGAGCACAUAAGCCUGACUGCAGAGCACUUUCACAGCCUCACAAACCAAAGUCACAGCUUUUCCUACUCCUGAGGGGAUCACACUGAGUCUGGUCUGACAAAGUGAAACACAGAAAUGGCAGAGGCGCAUCAGGCGGUGGGCUUCCAGUUCACUGUGCGCCCGGAUGGUGUGGAUCUUAAACUAAGCCAAGAAGUCAUCAAGAACAUCUACCUGUCAGGAGUGACUGCAUGGAAGAAGAGAGCCAUCCAGUUCAAGAAUGGUGUACUGGCUGGAGUCUACCCCGCCAGUCCAUCCAGCUGGCUCAUAGUUGUGAUCGCCAUGAUGAGCUCCUUGUAUAUCCAUGUAGACCCCUCUCUAGGAAUGAUUAAUGCCAUCAAGGAAAACCUGCCAUGCAGAGACUAUAUGUCAGUGCAGACCCGAGCAGUGCUGAGUGCCAUCCUGUUUGCCACGGGGCUGUGGCUCUUCCUCAUCUACCUCCUGAGAUACACUCUCAAAGCUCUGCUCUCCUACCAUGGAUGGAUUUUUGAAUCCCAUGGAAAAAUGAGCUCAUCAACCAAAGUGUGGCUGAGCCUGGUAAAGAUGUUCUCUGGACGCAGACCACUGCUCUACAGCUUCCAGGCCUCCUUACCCAGACUCCCUGUGCCCAGUGUGGAUGACACCAUUCACAGGUACCUUGAGUCAGUCCGUCCUCUGCUGGACAGUGAACAGUACAACCAAAUGGAGCUUUUGGCCAAUGAGUUUAAAGCUUCAAUGGCAACCCAGCUGCAGAGAUACCUAAUCCUAAAAUCCUGGUGGGCGACAAAUUAUGUAAGUGACUGGUGGGAGGAAUACAUCUACCUCAGGGGCAGGACUCCCAUCAUGGUCAACAGUAACUUCUAUAUAAUGGACCUCUUAUACGUGACCCCGACACACCGACAGGCUGCACGGGCAGGAAAUGUGGUUCACGCCAUGCUGCAGUACAGACGCAAACUGGAACGUGGUGAACAUGCGCCGCUGAGGGCUUUAGGGACGGUUCCUAUGUGUUCCACUCAGAUGGAGAGGAUAUUUAACACCACCCGCAUUCCUGGCAUUGAAACAGAUAUUGUGCAGCACCUGACUGACCGUAAGCACCUGGUUGUCUACCACAAAGGCCGGUUCUUCCACGUUUGGCUGUACACUGGAGGCCGCCACCUGUUACCUAGUGAACUGGAGACUCAGUUUCAAAGGAUUCUCAAUGAUACAUCAGAGCCCCAACCAGGAGAACUGAAACUAGCCGCCCUGACUGCAGGAAACAGAGUGCCAUGGGCUCGAACUCGGAUUAAAUAUUUCAGCCAGGGAGUAAACAAAGUGUCCCUGGAUGCCAUUGAGUCAGCUGCCUUCUUCCUGGCAUUGGAUGAUGAGCCUCAGGGUUAUGACCCUGCAAAGACCAAUUCGCUUGAUAGCUACGCCAAAUCCCUGCUGCAUGGAAAAUGUUACGACAGGUGGUUCGACAAGUCUUUCACCUUGAUCUCCUACCCAAAUGGAAAAAUGGGUGUGAAUGUGGAACAUUCUUGGGCUGAUGCACCAAUUGUAGGACACAUGUGGGAGUAUGUCGCCGCAACAGACUGCUUCCAUCUUGGCUACACGGAGGAGGGGCACUGCAAAGGAGAUGUGAACAAGGGCCUGCCUUAUCCCACCAGGCUCCAGUGGCAGAUUCCAAAGGAGUGCCAAGACGUCACUGAAGCUUCAUACCUAUCAGCCAAGCAGAUUGCAGAUGACGUGGACUUCCAUGGUUACCUGUUUAAUGAGUUUGGGAAAGGCCUGAUCAAGAAGUGCCGGACAAGCCCCGAUGCUUUUAUUCAGCUGGCCUUACAGCUGGCACAGUUCAGGGACCAGGGCGUGUUCUGCCUGACGUACGAGUCAUCAAUGACUCGUAUGUUCAGAGAUGGACGAACGGAGACGGUGCGCUCCUGCACUUCUGAGGCUGUUGAGUUUGUCAGAGCCAUGGAGGAUGCAAGUGCAACGAAUGCCCAGAGACUUGCCCUGUUUCGGAAGGCAGCCGAUAAGCAUCAAAACAUGUAUCGUCUGGCCAUGACCGGCUCUGGUAUCGAUCGUCACCUCUUCUGUCUCUACAUAGUGUCCAAAUACCUCGGUGUUGACUCGCCAUUUCUGAAGAAGGUGCUUUCAGAGCCCUGGAAACUAUCCACCAGCCAGACUCCACAGCAGCAGCUCAAUUUAGUUGACAUCAACAAAUUCCCUAAAUAUGUGAGCGCUGGAGGUGGAUUUGGGCCUGUGGCCGAUGAUGGUUAUGGAGUGUCUUAUAUCAUUGUUGGAGAAAAUCUCAUCACAUUCCACAUCUCCAGCAAGUUCUCCAGUCCUGACACAGACUCAUUCCGGUUCGGUCAGAACAUUCGGAAGGCCAUGACAGAUAUUCAAGCACUUUUCAAGACUGAAAAUGAUAAGAAGACAGUAGAGAACGCAAAGCAUGUGCCGCUGGAAAAUGGGAAAAAGCACAUAUAGCAGACAGUGUAGGAAGUUCUUCUGGAUUUGGAGCACAUGUGAGUCAGUCUUUGCCAUGCUUCACUCAUUAAAACAAAACAAGCAGACGAGUUGCACGUUGGAUCUUUUUGUUUUUUCACAUUAUAAGAGCUGGGCAUUCCACUCAGUCAGACACAAGCAAUUGUUGUUAAUUCUCUAAUUUAUUUCUUCUUUUAUUCUACUUGUCAGAGCUGAUUUGUUUGUUGCAGAGGGAACUCUAAUCAUUGAUAAUAGGAAAUGUUUUUACAAAGAUUGUUUCUGGCCUUCACACAUUUUGUCGGUGUGUGCAACAGACUGUAUAUAAACCUAAUGUAAUGUAAAAAACAACUAUAUUCUUUAUUUAUGGUAUAAAGUUAGUGUAAAUGAAACUUGUAAAUAUAUUUGUCUGAAGAAUUCAGUACUGUUUGAAAAUCCCAAUCCUUUGUUAUAUGGCUGUAUUUAUGAAAUUGCUGUUCAUUUAAAGGUGGUUGUCAUUCUUGAUUAAAAAUAAAACACUCUUAUACUCCUAA